AUGAUUGAAAAUCUUAAAGCAAAGAUUGAAAUUCAGCGGACGAAGCUUCAAAGACUUUUAAGGGAUUUGAAAUCGGAAGAGACUCGAAUCGAAAAAAGAAGACUAUUAUAUGACACAAAGACUGAGAACCGUAUCAAAAGGAGAGAUGCUUCUAAACAAAUCAAAAAGCAGAAACGUGAGCUAGCAGACAAGAGGGAAAAACUUCGCGAAGAAAUGGAGGCAAAGUAUCUAGGAUGA